AUGCUCAGAACUAACUUCAACAAGCUUUUGCAUACGAGCGUGCGCCGUGGACUUAAGAUGAGCAGCUUGCCAGACAUCAAGAGCUUAUCUGCGCUUCAUAGCACUUUGGAAGAGGCCAAACGUGCCGCAGCUUACAGGGCCGUAGAUGAAAAUUUGGAUUUGCAACGGCACAGGGUUAUCGGCGUGGGCAGUGGGUCUACGGUGAUCUACGUAGCGGAGAGAUUGGGCCAGUAUCUGUUAGACCCCAAGUUCUCGAUUUUCGCCUCGCAGUUCGUGUGCAUUCCCACCGGGUUCCAGUCUAAGGAGUUGAUCCUCAUGAACGGCUUACAACUCGGGUCAAUCGAUCAGUAUCCAACUGUCGACAUUGUGUUCGAUGGUGCUGACGAGGUGGAUGCCAACUUACAAUUGAUCAAGGGUGGUGGUGGCUGCUUGUUUCAGGAAAAGCUAGUUAGCACCAGUGCUGCCAAGUUCGUCGUGGUUGCAGACUACCGGAAAAGAUCGCCAAAAUAUCUGGGAACCAAUUGGGUCAAGGGUGUUCCGAUCGAGGUUGUGCCCAGUGGUUAUGUGCGCGUACUGAAGGACUUGAAAGUCAAGCUCAAGUGCGAAAACGCGGUCCUCCGUCAGGGCGCACCUGCCAAGGCCGGUCCCGUGGUAACGGAUAAUUGCAAUUUCAUCAUCGACGCGCAUUUCGGCGAAAUUGAGGACCCAGCUAAAUUGCAUCAGGAUAUCAAAAUGCUGGUCGGCGUAGUAGAAACUGGUUUAUUCAUCGACAAUGCGUCGAAGGCCUACUUUGGGAAUCCAGACGGGUCUGUCGACUUGUUGGGGUGA